AUGGACUCCUGGUCGACCGAGACGCAGCAGGCAGAUCGUAGCGGACACGCCAGACCCGUCACUGCGCUCAUGUGAAGUUGGCCUCGGCAAAAAGGAUGUCACCCAGUUCUGCUGGACCUAAGAUCAAAGAGCAUUUUUUUAAAGGCUGUUCGAUCUGUUCGAUCUAUUAGUUCUGUGAAAUAAAUAAUAGCGUAUGCUUUUUCCUCAGAUGGUUAUGAUCAGAUCCCUUUUACUUUUACUGUGAACAGGCUAAUAGGUGUUGCUCUCAGUGCUUUGGAUAGCCUACAGUCAUAAAUAGUUUUGUGACAGCGGGACCCUUGAGUAAAGUCUAUUUUAUUGAUGUUUUCUCAGACAAAAAUGAUGUCAAUUGCCUCGUUUACCUGAGCGAUCUGAAUCCUCGUCAACGGGUGUUUUUCUAUUCAACAAGCUACGCCAAGCACUCCUGGCAGUCAAGUGAUGGGCGCAGUUUGCCUGAGUAGGAACCGAAGUCGUCUCGAUUUUUUCAUCCAGCUUGUUGAAUCUCCUCCUUGGUAAUAGGAAUUGACUCGUAUUGACAAACUCCACUGCCAUUUAAGUCGUAAUAUAGUCGGAUUGCAGCAUCCCGUUUCCCUAGAACUAACUCAACCGUCGGAGCGUCAUGGCUCGUUACGCUCUCGGACCGAAACAAAACCCUCGCUUUCUAUGGAGAGUGUUUUGGUUGACAAGAACGUUGGUGGAUUUUGCGCUGUCGCAGGAGGUUUACGCACCCCAUUCUAUCCGGAUUGAGGGACAUUUGACCCUCGGUGGCCUCUUCCCCGUGCACACCAGAGGGGCCGACAGCAUGCCUUGUGGAGAUAUCAAAAAGGAGAACGGGAUCCAUCGGCUGGAGGCCAUGUUGUAUGCUCUGGAUCAAAUUAACCUCGAUGAUCAACUUUUACCCAACAUCACCCUAGGCGCCCGGGUGCUAGACACUUGUUCUAGGGAUACAUAUGCGCUUGAACAAUCAUUAACUUUCGUUCAGGCUUUGAUACAGAAGGACACUUCAGAUGUGAGGUGCACCAAUGGAGAACCGCCCGUGUUCGUCAAGCCCGAGAAAGUGGUUGGAGUCAUUGGCGCCUCGGCAAGUUCUGUAUCGAUUAUGGUCGCUAACAUUUUGCGCCUCUUUCAGGUGAGUUCAACUCUGGAAAUUCCCCCGUAGGCCUAUCUGUGGAUGAAAUGUAGUUUUAGUUUAGCUAAAUGUGUUCGAAACAACAUCUGUAAGCUAGUACUAUUUUAUUAUGUUAUUUGACAAUCUGUAGCCUACUUGUUGGCCUUAUUGUGUUAUAUUUUGAUCCUCUAUUUUCUCUCAAAGAAAAGAAACCCAGAGAAUCCUCGCCUCUACAAUUCCAAACAAAACCUUGGUCAGCCUACUUCUCAAGUGCUCCCUUUGUUACUUUGAGGAGAAUGAGAAAAGGUUGAGAGAGUUUCACUGGGCUGUUGCGCUUCCCUGGCGGUGCUGAAAGAACAGCUCCCGCUUCCUGGCUGCCUCCCUAUCCCUCCCUCUCCCCCAGUCUGCCGUUCCCUUUCUCCAUGGUGGCCUGAAUGUGCUUUGAAGGGGCUUCGACAGACUGACACACUCACACCCAUGCACUAGUAAAAAAACACUAUUGUAACUGAAUGUCGAAGGCUACACACAUCACCAGCUGUUGUUAAGUUAUUUCAGGCAUCUUUGACACCUGAUGUGGUUCUGACAUCGUAGCACAGGCUAACUGUUGAAGUUUCAAUGUAUUCAAUUUCUUGAGUGAAAAUUAGGUCUCCCCAAGCUGUCUAUUUAAGUAGCCUACAAUGAUUUUGUGCCCCAUGGUUAUUUCGAUUUUAUUUGAGAUGGUUGUCAAUGUCACCAUGUCAACAUGGCUAAUUCCAGAAUCUGUAAUGUUUUAGUUUAUAAUGAGACACAUUGACCACAGUAGAAUGUUUAAGUACUCCCUGUUUUCUUCACACAGGCCUGCAUACCUCUCCUUUAGCCUUGUUGUGAGUCAACAGCAGAGCACAGACAUACAGACAGUCGACCCACAGUUAGUACUGCAGUGGAAUGAGGCACCCAGCAGAGCUCAAAUACAGCAAAUGAAUGAUAAAAACCACAUGUUUAAAGCAAAUAUAUGAAAUUACGUGAAAUAGUGUGCAUAAAUGUGCCACUGUACAAGCCAACAUCUAAGCAAGUUCUCUUGUCUGAAGAUAUAAGAUGUGGUGUUCAGAAGGCCAAGAAAACAUGAGAGUUAGUGUUUGCGGAAGUGUCUUGUGGUUACAGAUUGUGAUUUACAGUCCAUGCCAUAAUUGGUUUUUCCCAGAUCAAUUAAACCAAGCACAGCCCAGGACUAAGUAGACUAAGUAGCUGUUUAAAAGAGACUGAAGCCAUCAAAGUACUUAACAUCCUUUUAGCUGCUUUAUGAAAGCCACACACACACACACAAACACACACACACACGUGCGUACGCACACACAUGCACACACACUAUUACCCCCUCUUUCUUAAUAAUACCAAUCUUCGCAAGACCAAUCCAGUCAUGCUGGUCUCAAGGGAUUUGUGGCUCUGUUGGGUGGAUAUGCUGGUUGAUGGUUCCAAUAAUUGGCUUGGUUGGCUUUGGCAUUCAAUUCCCUCUACCAUUAUCUCUGCAAUGUUGGAAUCAGGAUUCUUUGUUAGAGUGAAGGCACCUGAAGGACAGUGAUUGUUUUGCGUCUUUCCCAAAUGCAAGUGAUUAUGUCUAAAAUAUGUUCUUUGAGUAUAGCAUUACAACUCAUCCACAUCAUAAAAAAGUUAUGGGGGUGUCAGGGGACUUGGAGAUCAUUUAAGAUUCCUUGGGGGGAGGAAGGAUGGGCGCAGUUUUCCUGAGUAGGAACUAAGACCCUAAUUCUGUCGUCUCCAGGUGCUCCAGUGUCUGUCUGUGUGUCAGGCUGCAGCAGUAGCGUAG